AUGCAGCCGGCCGGGUCCUGUAAUGGUGAGCCACCAGCGGACCGACCGAAUGGGCUUUCAGAUAUCGCUCUUACUUGCCUCAUUCUCAUUGGCUUCAUUGCCGUGGGCUUCCUGCUGAUGUGUGGGUGGCUGAAAUGUCAGUUUGGGCCGCGCUCGUUGUGGCUAGAGGAGGCUGCGGGUGCGUACUACGACAGCGGGAGCACACAGCGGCGCAACCAGCAGCAGGAACAGGCGCAGGAGCAGGAGCCGACGACGCUGCCGGGCCAGCCGCUAGAGAACCGCGUGCGCAUGCGGCGGGGCCCCCUGCCGCACGCCUACUACCUGCCGGACGGACACACAGUUGUGCACAUCGACGACCCAAACAAGAUACCGGAGGCCGCGCCGCCGCCGCCCACGGAGGAGGAGCUGCAACGGCAGCGUGAGGAGGCGGAACGCAUCGCGUCACCGGUGCUGUACGGUCGCGGCAUGUACCUGAACUGCUCCAUCGUGACGUGCUCCGACGGCAGCUUCUGUUACCCCAACACACCUGUCGGUCGUGUCGCUACACACGCGUCGUUCGGCUCCCUCAUCUUAGCGCGGUACCGGACGAAGGACGAGAAUCUAUGUGGUGCGGAAAAUAACGACGGCGUGAGUGGCGAUAAUACGGGCUGCAUCCAAAGGCCGAGAGAACCUUUUGGCACGCCGAUUCCAGGCAGUGAAAAGGAUAAGCAGGGGGAGGAAGGGUAG